GUGAAGAAGAAGCCUUUAGUUCAGCUGUGACGUUUGCUCCGGCGGACGAGGGGAAAGAAAGAGGAGAGCAGCGUAAGAAAAUCACCAUCAAAUCCUCUGGCAACGUGACGUCCCAGCAGCUGGAGCAGCUGGAGGCUCGUGCAGCAGCGCGUGUGAAUCACAUGGAGUCACUUUGGCGCGAGGCGCGUCUCUGUGUGGAUUCUGCACGCGCAGGUUUAUAAUAUUACUAAUAAAAUAAAAACUAACCGGAGCAGAUGGGAGCCCUUCCUCGGCAGCUGCGUUCGGGAGUCUGCGCGUCGCUGCUGCCCUGAACUUUCCUCCUGGUGUCCUCCUGCAGCCUCCAGCCGCCAUGAAGACCAGGACGCUGCUGUCGCUCAGCCUCAACUUCUUCGCGCUGUUUUUCGCCAUAACCGCGUUCAUGACGACUUACUGGUGCGUGGGCACGCAGAGAGUCCCCAAGCCCAAGUGCAGCAAGCUGCGGACGCACCAGUGCAUCGAUUACGGGGUGAACGAAACGGACCCGAACAAAGUGGUGUACAGCUGGGAGACCGGGGACGACCGGUUCCUGUUCCGGCAGUUCCACACCGGGAUCUGGUUUUCCUGCGAGGAGAACAUCCACGAUGAAAGUGAGAGAUGCAGAAGUUUCAUCGAUUUAGCCCCCGCAUCGGAGAAAGGGAUGCUGUGGCUGUCUCUGGUUUCUGAGAUGUUGUACAUUCUCCUGCUGUUGGUGGGCUUCAGCCUCAUGUGUAUGGAGCUAUUCCACUCGAGCAAUGUCAUCGAUGGACUCAAGCUCAAUGCCUUCGCUGCUGUCUUCACAGUGCUCUCAGGUCUCCUCGGGAUGGUGGCUCAUGUGAUGUACACUCAGGUCUUCCAGGUCACCGUCAGCCACGGCCCAGCUGACUGGAGGCCCUACAACUGGGACUACGGCUGGUCUUUCUGCUUGGCAUGGGCAUCUUUCACCUGCUGUAUGGGCGCGUCGGUCACCACCCUCAACUCCUACACAAAAACUGUCAUCGAGUUCAGACAUAAACGCAAAACCUUCGAGCAAACCAUCCGGAGCGAAAACGCUCGGGAGGCUUACGGAUACUACCGGGAUCGCUCGUUGCACUCUAUCUCUAAAUCGGUGGAUGUUUACUCCAGCCAGUCCCUGAAAAGUGGCAGGAAGACCCCCACACCUGCUGACUCCUUGGACCUGAGCGACUAUGCAGCAUCUCUGGGGGAAGAACAGUGCUGAGAGGGGAGGAACAGUCGGCUCAUGUGAGACUCGGUGGGAUUCGAGGUCACGCUCUCAGCUCCACGUGAAGCUUUUCAACACUGCCUUAAACAAAGCGGGCUACUCUAGUGGAGCCUGAAGUCGAGGAAACCAGCUCAGAGCUGGAAUCACUGUGUGAAAUUCAUGAACCAGUGUGUAAUCUGUUUGUGUAAAUUAUUGCAAUAUUAAAUGAAAGGCAAAAGUUGA